UAGCAGUAAUAAUUACCCAGAGCGGUGGGGCAGCAAGCGGGAGGCCGGGCAAAGACAGCGUGGGAGAGAGGAAUACAAUCACCGCGACUGGGCAGCACACUGCGCCGUGUUUGCACUGAGGACUGCACGGAGGCAGCUGGCGCAGCGCAUACACCAGACUCGAGGAAACGGGACCGGUGGGGUGAAGAAAGUGCCGGCAUUCUCGGGGCUUCAGAAACCGGUGGAGACGAAGCGUGUAUCUCUACAGCCGCAGCAGCGCCACGCAGACAGAAUGACACAGCAGGGAGCGGCGCUGCAAACUUACAACAACGAGCUGGUCAAAUGCAUCGAGGAGCUGUGCUCCAAGCGCGAGGAGCUGAACCGGCAGAUCCUGCAGGAGGAGGAGGAGAAGACGAAGCUGCAGAACGACAUCCGCAUCCUGACAGAGAAGCUGAGCCGCGUCAACGAGAGCCUGGCACGCAAGCUGGCAUCACGCAAUGACUUCGACCGCACCAUCGCUGAGACAGAGGCAGCCUACAUGAAGAUCCUGGAGAGCUCUCAGACGCUGCUGAAUGUGCUGAAGAGGGAGGCAGGGAGUCUGAGCAAAGGCACCUUGAGCCACAGCGCCCACAAGGACUCCUGAGAGACCCAGAGCCCCCCCCCACACAGACUGCUGACCAGCCCAGCCCCACCCCCCCACACACUGCUGACCAGCCCAGCUCACCCCCC